UGGUCCACGUCAUCCUCUGCAGAAAUCCGAUUCCGGUUCAGUGUUUCUCUGUAUUGAGCUCCGAUAUUUCGUGAUGGAAUUGUGUAAAAUAUCGGGUUCCGCGGCCUUCCAAUUCGGCCAUCUCCCGAAACGUUCCGUCUUCCGAAUGACCGGAACGGAGUUCAAACCACAGAACCGGAUGUUCAUCGCCGGAAUGGGUUUCAUCGGCCAGCGCCUGGGGCGUGAGCUCAAGAACCGCGGAUGGGAUGUCUCUGGUACUUGCACUAGCAUUAACAAGAAGAAGAAACUUGAGGAAGAAAGGAGCUUUCAGAUUUACCUUUUUGAUGCAAAUGAGCCAGAUGUGAUCAUCCUUGAUGCUAUCAAGAACCAUACGCACAUGGUUGUCUCCAUUCCUCCUGUUCCGGGCAUCGGUGAUCCGAUGCUGGAUUAUGACCAAAUUCUAAGGAGAGAACUUGUGGGUGGAAAUCUUCAAUGGCUUGGUUAUCUGUCAUCAACUAGUGUAUAUGGAGACACUGGCGGUGCAUGGGUAGAUGAGGAUUAUAUCCCCAACCCCGAGAGUGAGUCGGGCAGGUUAAGGUUAGCUGCUGAGGAAGGAUGGUUCAAUUUCGGCCAGAGUCUUGGCAUCUCAACACAAGUAUUUCGGCUCGGAGGCAUCUAUGGUCCUGGUAGAAGUGCUGUCGAUACAAUAGUCAAGCAGGGAGCUUUAUCGGAGAGUCAGAGAAUGAGAGGGCAUCGGCAAUUCACAUCAAGAGUUUCUGUUGAUGAUAUUUGUCAAGCAAUUAUGGCCAGUAUGUGCACACCGUCAUCCAGGCGAGUUUACAAUAUUGUUGACGAUGAUCCAGCCCCAAGGGAAGAAGUAUUCGAGUAUGCAAGGGACUUGGUUGAGAAAAAGUGGCCUGGCUGGAUCAAACAGCCUUCAGGGCAAAGAGAGUCUUCGGAACUUAUUGUUAAGAAGAGAGGUUUACAGGGAGAGAAGAGAGUUUCGAAUGCUCGUAUGAAGAAGGAACUAGGAGUGAGGCUGCUGCAUCCAAGUUACAGGUCGGGAUUGCAGAGUAUUAUUGAUCAAAUGGAUAGCCCUUUUCAACGUGGCAAAUUGAAUUCAUGAGUAGCGGAAGCGGAACUCUCCAAUCAUCGAACUGUAUUUCCUCUUGUUUUAAACAUUUUUAGAUGGAAAAAAAUGAUUUCCGUACGA